GUCGUAAAUCCGCCAUGUUGUUCCUGCAGCAGCGUUGCGACAGAGACGGAGCGCGAGAACGACAUGACUGAAGAAAGUAAUAAUACGGCAGAAUCGCUUAACGGCCAGACGCAGCACGGCAGCAUCAUCACCAUUCAAACCACACUGGGAGAUGAAGAUGAAGAUAUUCAUAAAUGUGGGCGAUGUGGGGAGGAGUUUUCAGCUUUGGAUAUCUUCAUUCAGCACAAGCUUAGUCGGAUCUGUAAACGUCCUUUACAGGACACACAGGUGAAAGAUGAUAAAGAUAGAGAGCUGGCUAAUGAUGCAGAGAGAUCCUCAGUGGAUGAGGGAGGUGGCAGGGUAACCACCACAAACGUAAGGACAGGCCACUCGGCAAAAGACCAUGGAGAGUCUGAAAACAGAGAUGGUUCGGAUCAUACCAAAUCUGCUCUGAAGCUGAACGAGGACGGUCGCUACGUCUGUCAUAUAUGUGAGAAGACUUUCAAAACGGCAAAUAUCCUGAGGACACACUUGUCCAUACAUACAGACAAGAAGGACUUUAAGUGUGACCUUUGUGAGACUGCGUUCCGAACCAAAGGCUCUCUGAUUCGACACAACAGACGGCACACAGAUGAGCGGCCUUACCAGUGCAAUCAGUGUGGCCUCUCCUUCCGAGAGUCUGGUGCACUGACAAGACACCUAAAGUCGCUGACACCAUGUACAGAGAAGAUCCGUUAUAGCCAGUGCAAAGAGAUCCUCUUCAGCAAGGAUGGAGUUUGCACAGAAGUGCAGCAGCAGUCUCCUGUACUCCCUGAGAAGGAGCAGCCGCUGCCUGUGGUCAGUGUAGUGCAGACAGUCCAAGAUGGUGUUCAUAUCCAGGUGGUAGAAGACCUUGGACAAGUUCAUCAGGUGGUAUCACAGCCUGUAGCUGAAGCUGUUGCAGACGGAGACGGUCUAAUCUGCCAAGCCAUCAUCAACUCAGGCAUUGCUCUGGAGACUGAAGCCACAGAGGCAGCAGAGCAGGCAGAGGCCCAGUCACCUAAAGGGGUCCUACAGAAUCCUGAGGCUGAGGGCAGAGUCCCCGAGAUUCAGGUGACUGAGGAGUGUGUGGAAGUGGAGGCAGAGACUGUGGAGACUUCAGAGAAAGAGAUGGAAACCUCCACUUCAAAGUUGCACAAAUGCCCUCACUGUGAUCGAACCUUUAGGGCAACCUCUCAUUUGCGCAUCCACGUCAAAGGACAUGCUGGCUAUAAGCCAUUUAAGUGUGUGACCUGUCAGAAGGAGUUCUUGACGGGCUACAUGCUGAAGAAGCACAUGGAGAUGCACGUGACCGAGCGUAGGUACAAGUGUGGCGAGUGCGGCAAGCUGUUUAAGGCUAUCGGGCACGUACGUGAGCACAUGAGGGCACACUCCAACGACCGCCCACACCACUGCAACCUCUGCAACAAGAGCUACAAGACCAAGAAUGCACUCCAGGUGCAUCAGCGCACGCAUGGCGAGGACAAACCGUAUGCAUGUCCACACUGCUCUCGAGCUUUUCGGGAGAAAGGAGCUCUGGUGCGUCACAUUCGCCACCACACUGGAGAGAAACCUUUCAAGUGUUCCAAAUGUGGUCGUGGAUUCGCAGAGCACGGCACACUCAACCGGCAUUUACGAUCGAAAGGGGGAUGCUCUGCGGUGCACGAGCCAGAGCCAGAUCCAUUGCUGAGCUCUGAGGAACAGGAGCGUAUAGACAGUAUGGCAGCUGCCAUCAUUUCUGACGAUCCUCACGCUGUGCUGGUGGAGUUUUCCUCUGUGGUGGCUGACACUCAGGAGUACAUCAUAGGAACAUCAAGCGAGGAAACAGCUCAAGCAGAGGAGGUGUCUGUUACUCGUGACAAUUAUAACCAAUUGGACAGUCAAAUCAUAAAGGUGGUGCAGCAGGUUGUGAGUCAGGCACACGGUGGGCAGCAGAUCAUUGUGCGUAAUGUAGAAGCUGAUGAGAAGCCUGGUGUUUUCGACACGGGUGACACCAUCACCAUCGCUACACCGGAGAGUCUCACUGAGCAGGUGGCCAUAACUCUUGCCAGCGCCAUCAGCAACGGCGCCCUCCUGAACACCACCUCCUCCACAGAAGGCACUACAGCAAUGGAGCAGGACGAGCAUUAUGUCAUCGCUUCCUCUGACGAGAUGGAGAUUCAGACUGUUGUGGUGGUCUGACAGAGCAACAGUACAUCUCAUAAAGACGGCUAAUGUUGCCUUUAAUCUUGAGCAAAGGACAUUCUGACUGUUACCCAAAACCUGUAGCAGUUUCUCCUCUCAUAUGCCUUAUCUUGAUUGUUCUCAAUUGUUUGCACUUUGAAAAGGAGGCUAAUGAACCUGUUUUGGUUUCUUGAAUUGCAUAUAACGAUUGCCUAAGACACUAGAGUAUUUGUAUGAUCUUGUUGUGUCUUAUUUGCAAUGAUACCAAAUUAUCCUCCCCCAACGCCUCCCCCCAAAAUAAUUUACAUUGCAUGGUUUUUAAACUAUAAAGAAAAUUGUUUUCUGUGUAUAUUUAAUUUAUUCAAGUUGGAAGCCAGUUAUUGUUAUUUUCUGGGGCAUGGCUGUAAUGGUGCUGUUGGGUUUUCUUGCUUCUCUCUUAAAAUGAAGCCAUGCUUCUUAUUCACUCCACUGCUCUUCCAGUUUGUUGUUUUGUUCCUCCAAUACACACUGCCAAAAUUCUCCUAAACUGUGUAUUAUGUUGUUUUUUUGUGUGUUUGAAGUGUAUGAUGUGAGAUUGAUGGAUGUGUUUUAUAUGUUCUCCUGUCCCUGUGAUGUCAAUCCGGCAAAAUCUGUGUGCAAGAGAGUCUGAGUUAUGUCAUGAUUCGGUCCUUUUUGUAUCUGACCCCUGACAUCUGUGCUUUCAGCAAGACAUAAAUGAAGAGUUAGUAGAGACUGGCCAGGCAGAUCUGGGCCACACCAGACAUUUCUCACCUUGCCCUGGGGUUUUUUCCCCCCUCUACUACCCUCUGGUCUUCCCUCCUGUCAGGUCAUUACUACAUGUGCUGUUGCCAAGGAUUUGAUGGAUAGUUUUUAUUACUACCCCUCAGGGUCCUCACAUAUGCUCCCUAUAGAAUGAUGCUGUUUUUUUAAAACUAUUAAAGUGCCCAGAACCUGCUGACUUGUGCCAUGUGGAAAUGAAUUAAAUUCAUGGAAAAUGUGCACGUUAAAUAACUGAAGAGUUCGGCAAACACGUUUCUAGAUAAAGAGAUGGAGGAAGUAGUUUGUUGAUCGUCACUAUAACAAUUAUCUUGCCCUUCGAACAGUGUCUCCAAGUUUGGAUGUUAUGCUGAGGCUUCUGAGAGUAGGUUCCAAACAAGCAAAAAAAUGUUUUCAUUUAUCGUAUGGCUUUAUUUAAAAUAAAUGCUCACUGACCAUUUCCUGUUUAUUCAUACAAUUUUCCAGUCAGCCAGUGAUAACUGGGUGAGUGAUUUCCUGUUAGCCUGUGUGAGAGUUGUAAAUAACACUUCUUUUUUUUUUUUUUUAAAUAUCUGUGUUAAGCAGAAAAGCAUCUCGGCAUGUUAAACCUUGAGGCAAAUGACCUACCACAGCAGAUCUCAUACUGGUUUCCACUCUGGUCAGCUUAGGAAAAAGAACCCGAGGCGACGGUAGGCACAGGCUUAUUAAAAUUGGAAAAAGUGCGAGGGACAUUAACAAGGUGAAUUA